AUGGAAAGAGCUUUUUACGCAACGCCCCACGACUUCCCUGGAGGCAAAGGGGGACUGGAUCAGAAUACGUCCCAUCGACGUACAGAGGGAGGCCGUGCCCUUCAGCGCCCUCCUCAACGCCCGAGGUUAGGAGACAGGCUUGCUGCAGUCAAAGCAGGCGGGGUGGACGCCGAGGCGCUCACGUGCCCGAGAUGCAGUGCGGACGUGUGGGCACGCAUGGACACGCACGCACGCAUAAGGUCGCUUACUCGCCUUGGCCGGGGCGUGCAACGCUCGCGUCGCGGACUUGCACUAACCCGUCUCCGCCAUCCGGACUUGUGCACGUACAUGCGCACGCACGCACGCACGCAUGCACUCACCCUCCAAUUCCGCUAUUGCACCGUCAUGUCCACUCUAUAUUCACUCCCCUCCGCCGGCAUGCUUGCAGAACAUGGCUUCGUCCUCGGCUCAGAACUCUGA